GGAGUAAGUUAGGGGUGAAGUGGAUUCUAAUUGGUCGGCUACAUUUCCAGCCGUUUAAAGGGCUUAAACACGCAAAGACAAGUUCCGAAACACAAACGCGCCUAAUCGAACGCAUCACAAAAUUUAACAAGUAUUAAAUAAGUGCAAUAUGUAUUACAAGAGAGCCACUACAAACAAAAUAAUGGUCCACUACUAUCGCCUUUCGUUAAAAUCUCGCCAGAAAGCCCCAAAAACAGUCAACUCAAAAUACCACAGCAUCUUAAACAUUGCUCUAAAAAACUUCCGACUAUGUAAAAAGCACAAGACCAAGAAACCCGUCCAAAUUCUCACACUUUUACAGGAAAUCAUUCCAAAAUCUUACUUCGGAACAACCACAAACCUCAAACGUUUCUACAAAGUCGUCGAAAAAAUUCUAACGCAAUCGUCAUUCGAGUGUAUCCAUUUAUCAGUCCUCCACAAAUGCUACGAUUACGAUGCAAUUCCCUGGCUACAAAACGUCGAACCGAACCUCCGCCCUAAACUAUUGCUCAAACACAAUUUAUUCCUCCUCGACAACAUAGUCAAACCCUUAAUCGCCUUUUACUACAAACCCAUCAAAACACUGAACGGACACGAAAUCAAAUUCAUCCGCAAAGAGGAGUACAUUUCAUUCGAGAGCAAGGUGUUUCACAAAUUGAAGAAAAUGAAGUAUUUGGUCGAGGUCCAAGACGAGGUGAAACCACGAGGUGUUUUGAACAUAAUCCCAAAACAAGACAACUUUCGCGCAAUCGUGAGCAUAUUCCCAGAUUCGGCGCGAAAACCAUUUUUUAAACUUUUAACGUCCAAAAUCUACAAAGUGUUGGAAGAGAAAUACAAAACAAGCGGGUCUCUCUACACGUGCUGGUCGGAAUUCACUCAAAAAACACAAGGGCAGAUUUAUGGCAUCAAAGUUGAUAUUAGAGACGCGUACGGAAACGUCAAAAUUCCAGUUCUUUGUAAAUUAAUUCAGAGCAUUCCGACACAUUUGCUGGAUUCGGAAAAGAAAAAUUUUAUUGUAGACCACAUCAGCAACCAAUUUGUGGCUUUUAGGCGAAAGAUUUACAAGUGGAACCACGGAUUGUUACAAGGUGAUCCCUUAUCAGGCUGUUUGUGUGAACUCUACAUGGCUUUUAUGGACCGACUUUACUUUUCCAACUUGGACAAAGACGCUUUCAUCCAUCGAACCGUCGACGAUUAUUUCUUCUGCUCACCUCACCCUCACAAAGUCUACGACUUCGAAUUGCUAAUCAAAGGCGUCUAUCAAGUAAAUCCCACCAAAACACGAACAAAUUUACCAACCCAUCGCCACCCACAAGACGAAAUUCCCUAUUGCGGAAAAAUCUUCAAUUUGACGACACGACAAGUGCGUACGCUAUACAAACUGCCUCCGAAUUACGAGAUUCGACACAAAUUCAAACUGUGGAAUUUUAACAAUCAAAUCAGCGACGAUAACCCGGCGAGAUUUCUCCAAAAAGCGAUGGACUUUCCAUUCAUUUGUAACAGUUUCACGAAGUUUGAAUUCAACACAGUUUUCAACGACCAAAAGACCGUUUUUGCGAAUUUCUACGAUGCUAUGAUUUGUGUCGCUUAUAAGUUUGAUGCAGCUAUGAUGGCAUUAAGAACUAGUUUUUUGGUCAAUGAUUUUGGUUUUAUUUGGUUAGUUUUGAGUUCGACAGUUAGAGCAUAUGCCUCGAGGGCGUUUAAAAAAAUCGUAACUUAUAAAGGUGGCAAAUAUCGGAAAGUAACAUUUCAGUGUUUGAAAAGUAUCGCUUGGCGGGCUUUUCUUGCUGUUCUUAAGCGAAGAACUGAAAUUUAUAAAGGGUUAAUUGACAGAAUUAAAAGCCGGGAAAAGUUGACUAUGAAGUUUCAUGAUGGGGAGGUGGAUGCGAGUUAUUUUUGUAAAUUGCCGGAAAAGUUUAGAUUUGUAAAAAUCAACAGAAAGGCCUCAAUUUAAGAUUGUCAAUAAGUGUUAUGUUUUUUUUUAUAAAAUUUCUAUCUAUAUAUUAUAAUAAAUAAAAAGUACAGUGUGUUCAAAAAGUCUUUAGAUCAAGUCUUGCUGUGAAAUUUUUAACGUAUCUGGAUUUCUUGUACGAAUAUACUCGCGUUGGAGGAAAUCGCAAGUUGCGCGUUUGACACUUCAACAGAAUAAAACGAUAAUUUAUCAUAGACAAUAAAAAUCUAUCAAUUCAAUUUCCACAGCAAGAGUUGAUCUAAAGACUUUUUGAACGCACCGUAUAAUCUGCACUUGUUUUAAAAUGAACAAAAAGGCCUCAAUUUAAGAUUGUCAAUAAGUGUUGUGUUUUUAUUAUAAAAUUCCUAUUUAUAUUUUAUAAUAAAUAAAAUGUAUAAUUUA